GCUUCCAGGACGAGUACUUUCAGAAGUGUCUCAAUGUUAGGUAGCCUUGCUAUUGCUUCCAGGAGUACUUUCAGCAGUGUCUCAAUCAUGGUGAGUCUAAUCAGAGCAAAAAUAAGAUGAACCACGCGGAAUAAGAGGUGAUUGAACUACUACGAUUCGAGAGGUGAAGAUUGACAAAAACUGGUUUGAUUCUCGUCUCUCUUCUUCAAGAGCUUCAAGAGUUAGCAAUGGCCGGCGCUUCCGUUUUUUGUUACUUCUGCGGUGUGCCGCACACUGGGAAGAUGCCGACCAUUAUCCAUAGUAAUCCAGUGCCGUUGGAUCCGAAUUUAGAAGAAAUCGUGCAGAAUUGUCCGAAUGCGAGAUGUAUUGCUACUACAUUCUCUUUAAUGAUCAAUCCAAGUCUUUCUCCAGCAACUACUCCACUUCAUGUGUCUACUUUUUUUUUUUCGUUGCCUACUUGUCUACAAGUGCACCACCACGCGCCUUGAAACUCUUGUCCUCUUUCUCAGGUAAAAAGCCACUCCCACGGUGCAUGGUUUGUGCGUUGCCGUUGAAUUGCGUGUCGCACAAAGCAGACAAAGGAAGGCCGAACCCUCUACCUUUGCCGGCGUUCACAGCUUACUUUAUGGAAGGAAAGAUGUUGUUGAUAUGAGAAUUGUUGAAGUCACAAUCUUUGUCGCUCCUCAGAUGAAGUUUGGGCAGAAGCUGGGCUACUUCAUGCUACAAUCAUGAUGUUGAAGCUACAGCAAUAUUUUUGUACAGCAAGAAAUCCAACUACGACGCACCGAACUUCCCUAUAAGAUCCCAUUAGCCUAACAGUCAGUGAAAAUUACGUCCUCUAAUCCACGCGCCAAUUGUCAACACGGAGGUCACCUCGCUUGUCUCAUGGAGUGGUUUUCCAAAGAAACCGUGUGUCCAAUACCCGGUUGCGGCUGUCAUUGUGGUGCCAUAUCAGCAAAGGAAUUGGAGGACGAUUAUGUUUAUGAUUGCGACUUGUUUCAUAUUUGAGACUCUUGGUGCUCAAUACUCGUCCUCUAUUCUUGUUCCCUACAACCUGAAACAUCUUGCAACAAGUAUGUUGUCCAAGAAGAAGGAUGAUGAAGAUGGUGCUCUUUCGUAAGUUUGCGACAGACCUUGCUCCUUUGAUAUUUUGAUUUUUCUUCAAAUUCAAAUUAUCGCAAAGAAAUUGAGUACUCGAUCUCGAACACAAUAUCUUCUAUCUCUAAGCCACAGGCGAUGAGGAGUUUAUGCCCUUAGAACAGGGUCAAGCUUCACGUCGUCAAGAUGGUACGGAUACCAUUAUAUGCAGAGAAGCUGGACCUCGGGGGGACCCUAUUGCUGAGCAAGCUGGACAAGAAACUACAACAUCGCCUCCAAACUACAGUAGUACAACUACUAGUGGCAACAUGAUAAUGCACCAGACAACAAUACCUAGUUUCGAUGAUAGAAGAAGUGAGGACUUGGAUUUCUAUCCUGGAAGUCCUACGAGUGCAGGUGCUCGAUCAUCUACAAUUAAGGUCAGCUUUUAUCCAUCUUUCUCGGCAUCUUCUUGGUACCCUCUGCCCUUGUAUUCUCAUGAAAUACGAGGUAAAAGGGGUCAAGAUGGGUGGACCGAGAUGCAUCCUAGCACACGCUAAUGCAACCAGCGCAAUGUCGUAUCCACAGCACGCGUUUCAAGCGCCAGAGGGUACACUCGAACUCGACCUGUCAGACCUCAGCGACUAG